AUGAUUAUGCAAAUUUCCAAUAACUUUCUCCUAAAGCAAUCAUGGGUUUCCUCCUGUUUCUGGCCUUUGGCGUUUAUAACAACCUUCUAUAGGCGCCCAUUCCAAGGACACCACGGAAUGGAAUCAGCCAUCGGUUCGACACACCUACUUCCUCUGGAGUUAAUCGACAAAUGUGUUGGGUCCAGGAUACACAUCAUAAUGAAGAAUGACAAGGAAAUGGUCGGGACCCUCCUCGGUUUUGACGGCUAUGUCAACAUGGUGCUGGUGGAUGUCACACAGUUCGAGUUCACUGCGAAAGGCAAGCGAAUUACAAAACUCGCCCAUAUUCUCCUUAAUGGCAGCCACAUAGCUAUGAUGGUACCGGGUGGGGAAGGCCCCGAGGUACGUGCAACUCCCGGACAAUGGAGCUCCGGGGAUCGCUGUCCUCAUCACCAUCGUCACGACAUCGCAGUUCCGAUCGGAAGGUCUCAGGAGAGCACUUCCUUAGUCGCAGCAAACCAACAAGGAUGUCCUGUUGAGGAUCUUCGUAAGCAAGGAAAGUCUCCCAUCCUCCGUUUGCCACAUAGUCCCGGCGGAUGA